UUCCCUUUUCAUCCCGCGUGACAAAAGUCCAUCACUCAGCAAACGUAUGUACUAUGCCUGACGAGGACACCCUUCUUCCACCCUACACCGAAGAAGGUGUUCCAGCUGAUAACUCGAUCCGCUCCACCAGGACGCCCACCAGUUCGAGCAAGUACGAUCAUGGAGACCAUGAAAAUGACUCGCAUGAUUUUAUCUGGGCUCUGGGCUUGCCUAUUUUGAAUAUUGCCAUUACUUGCGUUCUUAUCGGCGUGAUCAUCUACAUUUACAUCAAAAGUACAGGAAAAGACAACUCCUUUACCAUGGCCGGUAUGAAGGCACCUACGAUUCUUGCCCUCGUCGUCAUGCUUGUGAAGCUCUUUAUUGGCGGUGGCAUUACCAUAGCAAUGUCUGAAUACAAGUGGGUUCGUUUGCAGCGAGCUGAGGGUCCGCUUUCAUUGCUCGAAGUGUAUGACGCAUGUACACGUGGGGUGGGAGGCAUCAUUCGUAUCCUGCCUGCUUUGCGGUUUGAAAUCCCCAUUGUAAUAGCCGUCAUUUUCCAGCUUGGCCUUCUUACCCUUUUGCCCGCAUCGCAAGAGAUUCUCGCUUCCAAAGCGGACAUUGUAUGCUCAGACGAUCCUUGGAGUUACAUUCAGUUGAACAACGUCACCUCGGACGAUUUUUCCACAUGGGCCAAUAUCUAUUACAAUCCCAUGUCCGUACGAGGCAUUCAGCAAUCGUUUAUUGUACGUCAAGCAUUUUACGAAGCCGGAUUGAAACUUGCAGCGCGGCCACGAUACCGUUGCGCAACGGAUGCCUUUAAUUGUACAUACGACGAGAUUCCCACACCGCACACAGUAGCCGAGUGUCAACUGGGUUCGCUUCAAAGCCGCAUCGUCGACGUUCGCGGAAAUAAUGUCACCACAAUCAGCGGGUAUUACGGAUUUGAUCGUCCGGUAACCUUACUUGAACCGACGGCCCGUGUCCCUAAAGUGUUUUAUGCCGGUUCCAUGCUUGGACGAACGGCUUACGAGCUCUACAAUUACACCGAGCCGAUGCGUUACAACGAUACAUACGAUCCUUCAUUCCGCCAAUAUUUUGGCGAUCAAUCUUUUGUGUUUUUAAGCAAUAACAACACCCUCAGUACAUUUUCCACCAAGAAGGAAGAACUGGUCAUAUACGAAUGCACGCUCCGAUCCCAUGUCAAUGUGUCUAGCUUCAUCGCCAAAGGUCGUGAUCUUAUUCAAGAAAACAUAGUCAGUACGCCAAUUACGUUUGAUUAUAAUACUUUGAGCAACAACACCUACUGGAAGGAAGCUGGGUCCCACUAUCCCACGAACUUUACCAUGAUGAAUCUGUAUGCUAUGCAGCUCACCUACCUGAAAACGUUGAUUGUGGACGGUCUCGAAGCUGACCUAUUGUACAAAUUCUCGACAUCGGCCACACCACAAGAGUUUAUGCGUCGAGUGCUUUACCACGCAGAUUUGGCCGUGGCGUUUGAGCUCCCCACUGGUAGUAGUGGUUAUACCGGUUCUCGAUGCCACAAGACGGAUACGUACUAUGUACCAGAUCCCAAGUCCUUUUACCCGUUUGCGCUGUGUCUGAUCAUCCCGUUAGCCUCGUGGGUAGGUCUAUGGAUCGUUAGUUUAUAUCAUACCAAUGGUGUUUCUCGCGGGGUAUCACAAACCGCCCUUUUGGUGACCGGUCUUACCCCAGCGGUGCGUGAUCAAAUGAAAGGUCUGUCCCAUUCGGGAGAACGGGCCCUUGUUCAGCGCGCGAAAAAAGUCAACGUUAUGCUGGGCGAAUCCCAGACCAACGGUCAUCAAGCAGGCCACGUCGGCUUUGGUGUCAAAGAUGAAUUGAACUCUAUACGUGCCAGAUAAACCACAUUUACUGCUAACUCGCUCCAUUUGGUAAUGAAUCUUCGGAUAAAUCAGGACUUUUUCCCCUUAACCCUUUUAGCAGCGCCACAAUCCAUUGCUUUUAAUGGCAAGCGAGAAAAAAAAACGCUGGGGUAAAUGAACUUUGUGGAUCGCAAAAAGUCUCUUAUUACUUUGCCUAUUCUUAGUGAUCAUCUUUUUGAAUAAACGACAAGCAUAUAAUGACUUCUACGUAAGAAACGUUAUCUGUUAAGACCGGCAGGUCAUAAUGGCGGAGAUUAGACAUGCAGCAGAAAAUGUGCUUUUUGAUCUGCGGAUCAAGGUUUGGGUAAUGAUUUCGUUCACAGCAUUAUUUCAUUGUACCACCUAUUUCAUUGUAUUACCUUAGAAAUUCCACUCCAG